AUGUCUCAACAAGGCCUUGAAACUGUGAACUACUGGAAUGAAAUCGCUGCUGUAUCUCGUAAUACUGCAAAACUGCUCAAAAUAAACUGGACGAUUGAAAACAUGUCAACGGUUAAUGGCACAAUAACCGGACCAGAAUUUUACCUAGAGAUUAAUUGCUUGUGUUCCAUUUUGUUCAACAGCGGCGGCAACAGCGAUUAUUAUGUCUUUCUGGUCAACAAAUCAGAUUUAAAUAUUAAAAUGCAAAGUCACAUUAUAUUUUUAGACAGCGAUGGUGGAGUUCUCCACGAGCAAACAAUGGGAACAGAAUUUGAUGUUUGUAAAAACAGUCGGGAAAAAAUUUCUACAUUUUCCUAUUCAAAAAGCAGAUUAACUUCUUUAAAAAACGACAAAUUGAUAAUCCAUUGUGUGAUUAAGGUAAAAGGACGUAAUACAACUAAAAUAAAUUUCUUGAAAUCUGCGAGCGAAUCUUGGAAAAAUCUGAUAGAUGAUUGGAAAAAGAUGUUCAAGAAUCCUGUCAGCUCAGACUUCACGCUCCAAGUGGGGGACAAAAUUAUUCGUGCACAUAAGACAGUCCUUCUUGCUCGUUCUGCAUAUUUCAGAAGAAUGUUCGAGACAGAGAUGAGAGAACAAGCAGAGAGUACCGUGCAUGUGACCGACGUGCUUUAUCCUACGCUGCAGAAACUAAUCGAGUUCUUGUACACUGGAAGUUUCUCCGACACAGAAGAUGGCAAUAUCCAAGAAAUCUUCGAUUUGUACAUAGCAGCGGACAAGUACAACGUCGUGGAAUUGAGAGCUGUAUGUGGAGAAAGACAGUUAUCCGCUGCCACGGUUGACAAUAUAUUGCAAAUAUUGCAACUUGCGCAAAGUCACGGGGAUGGAAAGUUGAAAAUGCGAGCUAUGGAUUUCGUAUUUUUCAAAUAUGAAGCCAUAGAAAAAUCGAGUGAAUGGAAAACAUUCGUCGCAAGUGAAACUGUCUUGGCUUCUGAAAUUCUAAAUUCCUGUUUCGAGCACUUUAAAUAUUCUUCUACUUAG